AUGGAAGAUGAUAAUGAAUUGCCACAAAUUCAUUCAGACUACCUUUAUGAUUCAGAUUAUGAUUUACCGGAAGAAAUGAACAAAUAUCAAGUUGUAAUAUCAUCAGAUAUGGAUCCUCCGUAUUCUAUGGACCAACCAAAUGGGGCUGCUAUUAACUCGUCUAAAUUUUCAUGGUCAUAUAAUAAAGAUUAUGAUCAACCCAUGGAGAAUAAAGUGCAAUUUAAGCAGAAUAUCUAUCUAGAUGAUCAACAAAAGAAAGAAGAAGCACGUCCAGUUUAUCAUUCACCAGUUCGCUGGGCAAUAAGAUCAAUAGCUACAAAUGGACAACCAAGACACAUUGCUUGUAGUCAACCUUUAGAUAGAGGAGUUGGUUCUAAUGAAUUAUCUUCUUGGUACUAUGAUUCGAAUGAUGGGAGAUGUCGCUGGUUUGGGUAUCGUGGAUAUGGUGGGAAUGCUAAUAGAUUUUACAGCCGCACAGCUUGCGAAGAAUUAUGCGUUCGAGAUAAUCACAAUUUAUGUGAGUUUGCCAAAUGUCCAAAAUCAAUCACAACCUGUGAACUUGUUGGUGAUCAGUCAUGCAAAGUUUACAAACAACAACAUUCUAAAUCAUGGGAAGCUGAAUGUCCACCAGAUCAACCAGUAUGUGUUACUAAACGAAAUACGAGAAUGGCACCAGAUAUUGAAUUUGAAAAUGUUCCAUCUGAGUGUAAACAACCACCUGAUGCAGGAUCAUGUCAAAUAAAAAAUCCAUCACAAAAUUUUUUCUAUGAUCUAGAAAAUAAUGAUUGUACAUCAUUUUAUUUUCAUGAAUGUGGUGGAAAUGAUAAUCGAUUUGUUACAAAAUCUGAAUGUAUGAGUCAUUGUUCACCUUGA